AUGAAGGGAGCGAACGAUCGGUCGCCCAGCUUGAACCUCGCGAUGCACGUUGUGCCGAGUGAAGGCACCACAGUUCGAAUUGCUGCCCCAGCUCUUGGCACGGUAAAGGUCGCUGUCGUUGUCGACGUACAUGUGCGUUUUGCCGUCGCCAACGUCGAUGUGGACAAUUUUGGACUUCGACUUGCCGAUCUUGUGAUUUCAGUCAUUGUUCAGGCUGGAUGGUGGCUGGCUCCGACCUCCGCACUCGAGCUCACCCGCUUCGAUCAGUCUUCCGCACGUUUCGACCGGCCUCCUUUCGAUCUCACCAUCGUUUCCGGCACGGCCGCCGGCACAUCAUCACCGCGACCAUGCUACCAUACUAUUAACCCAGUCGGCGUAGCCAGCAGCACGCAGCAGCACGAACAGCACGACAGCACCUUUGCCACCAUGGACUCCGGCACCUAUCGAAAGAGGGAGCGCUUCGUCGGCACGAUCACUGCGAUCACCCAGCGCAAGCCCUGGGACGCCGCUGAGAUCAUCGCGCAGGACCGCGCAUCCACGCUCGUCCGCCGUGCAGCGGCCGACCAGUUCAUCCGCUCCUUCUGCGAGAAGGUGUACAUCCCCGAGGUGCUGGGCAACACCUGCAUCACCGCCGCUGAUAUACCGUCGAGCCCGCCGCGCCACGACGUCUCCAAGGACCGACAGUUCUGGAAGAUGCUGGCAACCUUUGUCAUUCACCGUUUCCGAGAGUCGCUCGUCAACGACGAUUGA